AUGAGUGCGAAACACGAGGAAGAGGAGGGCAAAAAGAUCAAGGUUCAAAUUCGCGAAAAGGAUUUGUUAUGUAUAAAUGGAUGUGGGUUUUAUGGCACACCGCAAUGGGAAAAUCGAUGUUCGAAGUGUUGGCGAGCACAUCAGAUUGUGCUGAAAAGAUCGCAGGAUUUUGCCAAAAAUCGGUGAGUUUUGGGGGAAUUUUUGCUAUAAAAUAUGUCAAAUUUGGUCUCAAAAUAUCCAGAAUUCUCCCAUUUUCUCUGAAAAUUCUAUUUUCAGAACUCUUCUGAGCUUCGAUCAAUUCCAAGAACGUCGAAAAUCCACAACCGAAGGUCGAACUUUGAGCAUCAAAAAAAUAUUCAAAAGUCAAACUUUAUUACCCUCUUCUUCAGGUAAACUAGACUCUAGUUUAAUUAAUCAAUCGAUAUAUUUUUCCAGACGCUUCUCCAACUUCAAAUUCACCAAACACAACGCCAACCAGGUAAUUUUUGAGUUUUCAAAUGAAAAAAAAAGAAAUUACAUAUAUUUUUACAUAAAAACAAAACAUAAACAAGUUUUUUUUCGUCUGAAAAGAGAAGCAAUGAAUUCUCAGAAUCUAAGUAGAUGUUUUUUUUUGUUUUUCAGAUGAAAAACAGAAAAUUUGGUCAGAAAAAGUGCAAAGUUCGUUUCCUUUUUGAGUCAUAAACGAAAUUUGCACUUUUAGGACUUUUUUCGAGGAAGGAAAGAGAAAAGGGGAUUUUUGGAGUGGAAAAAAUUUGAAUUUGAUUUAGGAGAACGGGGUACUGUGGGGUUUUGGCGGGAAAAUUUUUUGAAAUUUAAUAGGAGCCACGAAUUCAACCUAAAAACAGAAUUUUCAUUUGGGAAAUGCAAAUGCGCUCCAUCGAAACCACCCCGAAAAAUUGAAAAUUUCAAAAAAUCUUGUCUAAAAAUCAUCAAAUCAUUAGAAAAUGCAAACGCGCUCCAUCGAAAUCACCCCGGAAAAUGUAAAAAUUCAAAAAAUGAUUGAAAACCUCUCAAAAAUUCAAAAUCCUAAUUAAAUGUGCAAAUGCGCUCCAUCGAAAUCACCCCGGAAAAUGUAACAAUUCAAAAAAAUCUUCAUCAAAUCAUUAGAAAAUGAAAACGCGCUCCAUUGAAAACUCUUCAAAAAUUCAAAUUCCCACUUAAAUGUGCAAACGCGCUCCAUCGAAAUCACCCCGGAAAAUGUGAAAAUUCAAAAAAAAUUCUUGUCUAAAAAUCAUCAAAUCAUUAGAAAAUGCAAACGCGCUCCAUCGAAACCACCCAAAAUCUUUCAAAAAUUCAAAUGUUUUUGCAGAUCCCGCGACAUUUCGCCCGAUUCCAAAGCGGCUCGCGAAAAUCUCACUGAUUUUCUGAUUCGCGAACUUCCCACCUCAAUAGUUCAAGAAAUAACACGACAAGUCAAAUAUGCGGUGAAUAAAAUCAAAGAAUUACGUGUGAAUCCGGAUGAUAUGAGUGAAUUGGUUCAGGGAUUCUAUCAAUAUUUGAAUGAUAAACUGAAUUCUUCCGCGUUUUUUGCGCAGGAAGGUAAGUACGGUUUUUACGUGGAUUUUUUUAAGCCUGACAAAAAAUCUCAAUUUUCUCUUCUUUCAGCCUGUAAAAUCACAAUUCAAGAAGUGAUGGAUGAAGUGGAGAAGUAUAUCUGUACCUGUUGUUAUUCAUAUUUAUUUUGUGCAAGUUCGGAUGAAGAAGUCGCUGAUGUUUCACUUCAAGAUCGAAUUCGAAGUUUGCAUUGGGUUACGGCCGGAUUUUUGGAGACCAAACUAGAUUUCAAGAAACAGGCGGUGAGUAUUUUUUCGCUCCAAGACCUAUGUCCCUUUAAUAAAAUUUUUCCCCUUUAGGUUCGCGAUAAACUCGAUGAAGCUAUCGCUGAGUUAAUCGAAAUCAACGCCAAAAAAUCCACCUCCGAAAAACUCGAGCACCUCGUCAAAUCAUCCAAUCUAAUCUUCCGCGCACUUUCCGAAAGUUCCGCAUCGAAUUCCGCCGAUGAAUUCCUCCCAGUAAUGAUAUUCGCGCUACUUCGCGGAAAUCCACCGCUCAUUCAAUCCAACGUCAAAUUCAUCUCUCGAUUCUCCACACCGAAUCGUGUGAUGUCGGGUGAAACUGCCUAUUUUUUCACGCAUUUAUCGUGUGCACUGCAAUUUGUACAGGAAAUGAAUCAUGAAAGUUUGCGCAUGGAAAAAACGGAAUUUGAAGCGUAUACGAGUGGACAAUUGGCACCGCCACUUUCGGCUAUUAAUUGCGCUUGUAAUCAGGUAAAUUUGCGAUUUUUUGGUGAAAAAUGAGGAUUUUUGGACUGUUUUAAGCUAAAAAUCAUGAAAAUUCGUCUAGAUGGCCUAGAAAACCAAUCAUCUGGAUUUCUAGGCCAUGCUCGAAUUUUUGUGGAAAAUUAUCAAUUUUUUGAUGAAAAUUGGGAUUUUCACGAUGAAAACUCGACCGAAAAUUGGCUAGAAAAACUGGAUGGCCUAGAAAACCAAUCAUCUGGAUUUCUAGGCCAUGCUCAAAUUUUCAUUGAAAAUUAUCAAUUUUUUUAUGAAAAUUGGGAUUUUCACUAUGAAAAUUUGACCAAAAAUGGUUCAGAAAACCUGGAUGGCCUAGAAAACCAAUCAUCUGAAUUUCUAGGCCAUGCUCGAAUUUUCCUUGAAAAUUAUCAAUUUUUUGAUGAAAAUUGGGAUUUUUCCACUGGAAGUUUGACCAAAAAUGGUUUAGAAAACCUGGAUGGCCUAGAAAACCAAUAAUCUGGAUCAGGCCUGUGCCGGAAAUUUUCCGAAUUUUCCGGAUUUCCGGAUUUUCCGGUUUUUUCACGGAAAAAUUAAUUUUUCGGUUUUCCGGAAAAUUUGGUCGGAAAUUCCGGAAAAUGAUUUUUAAUAGCAAUAUCUUCAAUAUUGCCUAAAUUUCGAGAAAUUUUCUCAGUUUGUGAUACAAAAAAAAGAUUUUUGAAAAUUUUUUUCCAAUUUUUCUGAAUUUUACGACUUUUUGAACGUGAAAAGUCCUGAAAUAGAAGAAUUGUAUCUAAAAAUACAAUUUAGGGCCAACAUAGUGCUGAAAUUUCAAAUUUUCAGACUUUGAAAAAUUUUCCGAAUUUUCCGGAUUUUCCGGUUCAACAAAUCCGGAAAUUUUCCGACUUUCCGUUUUCCGGGUUUCGAUUUUCCGGCACAGGCCUGAUCUGGAUUUCUAGGCCAUGCUCGAAUUUUCGGUGAAAAUUAUCGAAUUUUUUGAUGAAAAUUGGGAUUUUUCCACUGGAAGUUUGACCAAAAAUGGUUUAGAAAACCUGGAUGGCCUAGAAAACCAAUCAUCUGGAUUUCUAGGCCAUGCUCAAAUUUUCAUUGAAAAUUAUCAAUUUUUUUAUGAAAAUUGGGAUUUUCACUAUGAAAAUUUGACCAAAAAUGGUUCAGAAAACCUGGAUGGCCUAGAAAACCAAUCAUCUGAAUUUCUAGGCCAUGCUCGAAUUUUCCUUGAAAAUUAUCAAUUUUUUGAUGAAAAUUGGGAUUUUUCCACUGGAAGUUUGACCAAAAAUGGUUUAGAAAACCUGGAUGGCCUAGAAAACCAAUCAUGUGGAUUUCUAGGCCCUGCUCAAUUUUUCCUUGAAAAUUAUUAAUUUUAUGAUGAAAAAAUGAGGAUUUUUGGACUGUUUUAAGCUAAAAAUCAUGAAAAUUCGUCUAGAUGGCCUAGAAAACCAAUCAUCUGGUUUUCUAGGCCAUGCUCAAAUUUUCCUUGAAAAUUAUCGAUUUUUCAUCAAUUUUUCAACAUUUUUUCACCAUUUUCAUCAAAAAUUUCACGAUUUUCAGGCAAUUUUCACCAUCGAAGGAGCUUUGGACUCGGUAACCGCUCUGAAAAACGAACAAACCUCGUUGCUCUCCAAAAUUCAGCAACUGGAAAGACGCGUCGAGACGUAAGCACCUAAUUUAGGCCUCAAAAGAUCCAUAAAAAAUUUUACAGGGAGGUCGCCAGUCUAACCACCGAUUUCUCCACAAAAAUGUCAAUUUUGCCCAGCAAAAAAUAUCUGGAUUUACGAGCCGAGAUUUUGCGCGAAGAGCAAAUGACACAGGAUUUGAUCGCCUCGUUUUCGAGACAAUCUUCGGAUUCUGGGAUUUCUUCUGGAACUCUGGAAAAUCGCGCAGAAUAG